AUGAGUCAUGCGACUGGCGCCGGGCCGAGGGUCCGACCCCUUGCGUCUCCCAGCUCACCGGACGACUCCGAAGGCUCUCCUCACCUUGCAUCUUCUCCCGCCUCGGCGUCUCCUCGAGGUUCUGCCGCUCCUGCUCUGCCUCCACAUUAUGGUGGUCCACCUACGGAAGAGGACCAAGAAGCGGCGCCAACUUCGAGGGAAGACCAAAAAACUGGCCAAGAACAAACAGAGCAAGACCCAUCGGCGCUGUGGAGGCCCCAGAAUCCGUCCCCGCCACCGAAUGCUUCCCAUUUUGGCGGCUCCGGAUCGCUCGCGUCGUCUGUCUCGCCUUCGCGACCGGCAUCGCCCGUUCCUCUGGGCUCGCCUUCCGCGACUGGGGCGCCUCCUGAGCCUCCGUGUCCGUCUACCGGCGCUUCGUCUUCACCUCUGUGUUCUGCUGCCUCGGGAAAUCCUCCUCCCUCGCCAUCAGAUUUGUCAGCGACUCCUCUGACAUCUGCCUUUCUCGCUGAUGCGCGACUGCGCCACAGUGCAGCUUCCGGCCCGCGCACACGCCCCGGCAAGCAGGCGUCUUCUCGGCCUGCGUCUCUCGCGUCUCGACGCGCUCUGGCGGCUUCUGGAAACGAGAGCCUCAAGGCGCCGCGGCAGGUGCAUGCGGCGGGGGGCCCGCGGCCUUGCGGGGCAGUCGGGUACUACACAGGCUCGCCCCAGUCGUCCUCCAAGUUCCUGAACAGCGUCAUUCAGCAGGGCUGGCUGCAAAAGUGGACAAAUCUUGUGUCCAGCUGGCGACCGAGAUACUUUUACGUGAUGCCGGGGCUCUUCAAGUAUUCCGUGCAGAAAGGCGCGCCGCCCAAGGAAGUCUUCAUGCUCAACCAGUGCGUCAUUCGCCUCUGUCCGUACGAUCCAGUGCGGUUCGAGGUCGAGGUCGUGGACCAGCAGACUCUGUAUCUGCGAACGGAGACGCUUGAAGAGAAGCAGUUGUGGUACGCGGCGUUCAAACAGGCGCAGCGCGCUCUCCUGAACUGCGCACGCCACCCAGCUCUUCCCCUCGCUUCUUUGUCUUCCUUCUCGGAGAAAAGCGGUCCGCGACCGCCCCGAGAGGCUGCAGGAGCCCAGUCGGGAAGCCAGGGGUCUGCCGACCGCGCGCCGCCUGGAUCAGGAGACCGACACCGCGGCGACGCAGGCCAAUCCGGGUCGUCCGAGUCGCCAGCGAGGCAAGGGGCGUCGCCCAGUUCGUCGCACUCCUCGUCUUCGCUGUCCUCUCGGUCUUCGCUGUCUUCGCUCGCGUCUUCGCGUCCGCCUGGCGCGCAGCUUCCGCCUCGCGGCUCGUCGCAAGAGUUCUCGCCCACUGGAUCGUUUCUUUCUUCGUCCACGGGCAGCGUGGCCGGGGCUCUUGCGGGGGCCGUUGCUUCCGGCAUGAACUACGCGGCGGCGUACGCCACGAGCAAAUUUCGCGGUUCGCUCUUGUCUUCGGCGUCUUCUCCCAGCUCCUCGGCGGCACCCAGCGGGUCCGGAGCUAGCGCCUCGGAGGGGACAGCCACCUCGGGUUCCACGACCGCGGUCGGAGCUGCGACAGGGACUGGAGCCCCAGCGAAUGCGUCGGGGCCGCUGUCGCCAUCGCUGCAGUCUCUAGGCAGCACAGGCUCUGCCUCUCUCGAGUGGCUAGGCAAAGAAGGCAGUCCCCUCGUGCUUCUACUUGAAAAUGUUAUUGCGUCUCGACAGCAAGUCCAGAGCACAAGCGCCGAGAUCCGGGCGCUGCAGGCCGGAGCCCUCAAAGAAGUCGGCGCCAUUGUCAGCAGCUCAGCGGGGACCGGGGCCCACGAGCUUAAGCGGCAGUUGGUUGCACUCCUUCAGAAAAUCGACAGUCUCCAGGUGACCGUCGAGCGUCACUUCAGCACGACCGAGGCGCUUCUGGCGGAGGAAAACUCGCAAAGGAGACAGCUCGAGAAGUCUCUGAGGUCGAUGGCCAAACAAAAUUACAAACUCGAAAAGACCCAGCAACGCAUGCUGGCUCUCGGCGCACUGCCCGACGGGGCCCAAAGCUCAGGCGCCGGAGGGACAACUGCAGGCGCGAGUGUCUCCGCUUUGGCCCAAGGCGCCAGCGCCCCGCCGCGAGGAGGCGCCGGGGUCCCGUUGGAGACGGAUCACCAGCUGUCUUCGAGUUCAGGAGAAGAAGACGACGACGACGUCGAGUUCUUCGAAUGCGAAGACCAGGAGGCCUACGGCUCGCCUCAAGAUCUCCCGCCGCCGCCUGCCGUGCCCGAGAGUCCCGAGGACUUGGGUUCCGGAUCGACGGCUGCGUCGGCUGCUGCGCGGGCGACUGCGUCAGGUGCGGAAGCGAUGAAGAAGGGAGAGGAGCCGUCGAACACGCUCGUGCCUGUCAAGUCACCGGCCUACUACGCGCUCUCUCUGCUCUUUCCGUCUGACGUGCCUCCCAUCUUGAACUUCCUGGAAGCCUCUGCCGGGCGUUUGGGCGGCGUCAUGCCGCAGCGGCGCACGGCGCUGUCGAAGCCGCGAACGGAAUUCAAAGUGGGUCUUUGGUCUAUUUUGAAGGAUUGCAUCGGCAAAGAUUUGAGCCGCAUCAGCAUGCCGGUCUAUUUCAACGAACCAACUUCCUUCCUACAGAGACUCCUCGAGGACUUCCAGUAUGCCGAUCUUGUCCACGCGGCUUCGCUCUUCCCCGACCCUGUCGACCGUCUUUUGCUUGUCACGCUCUUUGCGAUAUCACCCUACGCUUCUGCUACUGGCAGAACCUACAAACCGUUUAAUCCCCUUCUCGGAGAGACAUUCGAAUUCACACAUCGCGGCUACAAUUUCAUCGCCGAGCAAGUGGGACACCACCCGCCACGGACGGCGUACCACGUGUCGAACGACCGUUUCCUUUGUUGGGGCGACGUCGUCGUGCGCAAUCGGUUCACCGGCAAGUCCUUGGAAGUCACGACACCCGGCACCGUCCACGUUGUCUUUCCAAGCGUCGACGAUCACUACACGUAUCGCCGGGUCAAACUCCUCGUCCACAACGUCAUCUGGGGAAAACUCUGGGCCGAAGUGGACGGCACGACUCUCAUUCAGAAUCAGAAGAAAGGCGACUACAGCAUCAUUCAGUUCCUCCGAAAAGGCUGGUUGGACAAGUCGAUGCACAUGAUUCGGGCGAUCGUCUUCUCCGCGGCUGGCCGGCCGGUGUAUCGCCUCUCAGGCAGCUGGUCGCAUGCGUUGUACGUGGAAGAAUACGAGCAGUGCCGAGCCGCUCCCAACGCGCCGCAGCCAGUCCCCGGCUCUUCAAUGCGGGACUACUGGCGUUCAGAGGGGCCGCCGCCCUCCGACAGCCCAGACAACAAACUCCAGCAUCUUGUUCAAGGCAUGUGGGACACGAUACCCGUGAAAGAAGGUUCCCGGCGGCUGAUCUGGCGACCUGCAGUGCGCCCCGCGCACUCUGACGCCUACUACGGCUUUGGGUACCUUACGAUGGAACUGAAUGAAAUCACUGACGAGUACGACCCUGAGAAGGGCGCAGUCGUCGCUCCAACAGACUCUCGCUUCCGUCCCGACCAGAAACUCUACGAGGAGGGACGCGUCGAGGAAGCGAUUGAGGAGAAGACGCGACUGGAAGAGAAACAGAGGAGCGCGGCGCGACUCCGGCCCCGGGGCGAGGAGGACUACGAUCCGCUCUGGUUCGCCAAGGGCGAAGACCCCAUCACUCACGAACCCGCGUGGAUCUACAAGGGAGGCUACUGGGAAGCGAAGGCUGAAGCCGGAUUCUCCGACAGUCCAGAUAUCUUCUAG